AUGGCUGCUCGCGAAGACGUCGAGUUCAGAACCAUUGAUGGUCUCGUCCUUCGUGGCUGGCUCUACCCAGCAAAAGAGCGAGGAGCAGCCAUUAUUGCGACUCCCGGAUUUAAUUUCACCAAAGAGACAAUGGUUGCGGAAGUCGCCGAGUACUUCCAGAAAUUCGAUUUCACCGUCCUCAUCUACGAUCCCCGCUCUAUCGGGCUAAGUGACGGUACACCACGCAACGAAAUUCAUCCCUCGCGAAACGUCGAGGACUACCACGAUGCCUUGACAUUCCUCAAAGGCCACCCGCUGGUUGACCCGGCGCGCAUCGCCUACUGGGGCUUCUCGUACAGCGGCAUGCUGGCCCUCAUCGCGGCUUCGCUGGACAAACGCGCAAAAGCCGUAGUGGCCAUGUGCCCGCUGACGAUCUGGGACUUCCCCCCUGAGAAGUGGCCUCGAGUGCUAGCAAAGGCGCUUCGUGAUCGCGAGUCGCGCGCCGCAGGCAACAAGCCCGUUUACAUCCCCAUGCUUACGGCCGAGGGGGAGAACCCGGCGGGUUUCGGCAAGGGCUUCGACGUGAACGGCUUCAAGAUGAUGGCGGGGGCGAAAGAGCUGCAGCCAACCUUUGAGUUGGAGACGACGCUGGGCAGCUACUACCACAUUGCUGCCUUUCAGCCGAUGGGACUGAUUCCUUACGUUUCUCCAACACCGGUUAUGGUGGUCACACCGGAGCAUGACGUGGUCUCGCCCGCAGAGCUUCAGCGGACCGAGAUCUACGACCGGUUGAAGGAGCCUAAGCGCCACCUGGUAGUUCCGGACAGGGGGCACAUGGAUGUGCUGAGUGGCGACGACUUUGCAAGGGUGCUGGAUGCGCAAGUUGCCUUCCUGCGUGAGGUUUUGGGAGCCUAA